UCGACCAGUGGACCGGAAGUCUUUAUGGAGUUGAUCGAUUCCAUAUAUUUGACAUCAAAACAGAUUAAAGACCAGGACUCGGGAAGAAAGAGAUGCAAGAAUAAAUAUUUGUAGCAGCCUUUAAUGGAUGAAGAAGAAAAGAUGGAACAUCAAAAGAAGCAUCAGUCGUGGAAUGGAAAUAAAAAACAGUCCGCCGGGAUUGAGGAAAAACCUGCCUUUCGUCUUAUGGAGGUGGAUAAAGCCGAGCUGGCAUUUUGAAAUGAGAUGGAUUUAACUAAAAUUAGAUAUUAAAAAAAUAUAUAUCGGUUGCACUUUUCCCCCAUAGAUUGCAUGAAGCGCAUUUACGCAGCAAACAUGUACAUGGAUCCAGACCCUUUAUCUACAUAGGGUACGAAACAAUUCGUACCCUGUUUACAGUUUUUUUAAGCAAGUGAGACCAAGUUUUGUAUCAACAGUGCUAUUAUUAUUAUUGUUGUUGUUGUUGUUGUUGUUGUUGUUAUUAUCAAAAGCCUGAGUCUUUCAGCACCGUAGACAGCAGCAAUGUCUCGCUUGCGCAGGAAGUUCUGCGUGGCCUUUUUCCUCUUCGCUCUUUUCAUCUUCGGCACCAUGAUGGGUUUACGGACCCUCAAGCCCACUGAUGGAUUCUCAGAUCUUGCACCAGGGAUGGAGCUCGCACCCUUUGUGGGUGGGAAACUGCUGGACCAGCGACCAGCACCCAACCAUGUGGACGUAAGCGACACUAAGGUCGUCUUAUCCAAAGCUGGCCAUGAGCACAGCAUUUUCUACGACGUUCACAUCUUCUAUUAUUUGUGGUACGGCGCACCGCCUGCGGACCACGGUUACAUCCAUUGGGACCAUGUCCUCGUUCCUCACUGGGAUCCAAAAAUAGCUUCAAGUCACCCCAAAGGAAGGCACAAUCCACCGGAGGACAUUGCUUCCAGUUUCUACCCUGAGCUCGGACCCUACAGCUCGAGGGAUCCCAAUGUACUGGAGUCACACAUGGCACAAAUUGAAGCGGCUGCUGCAGGUGUAGUCGUUCUCUCUUGGUACCCUCCUGGUGUGGCUGACGAACACGGAGAACCUACCGAGGAUCUGGUGCCUUCCGUAAUGGACGCUGCCCAUAGGCACAGUCUCAAGGUGGCGUUUCACAUCCAGCCGUACCGCGAGCGAACAGACCUCAGCGUGCAUGACAACAUCAGAUACAUUAUUGACAAGUAUGGAAAUCAUCAUGCAUUCUACAGAUUCGAGUCCAGCGCAGGUCGAAUCCUUCCCUUGUUCUAUGUGUAUGACUCAUAUCUGAUCCCACCUGAAUCCUGGGCUGAGUUACUGACCCAGCGCGGCUCCCACAGCCUGCGAGGAACGCCUUACGACGGGAUCUUCAUCGGCCUUGUCGUGGAGGAACGUCACAAGAACGACAUCCUCGCCGGUGGCUUCGACGGCAUGUACACCUAUUUUGCAUCCAACGGCUUUUCCUACGGCUCGUCUCAUCAGAACUGGAAGACCAUCAAAGAUUUCUGCGAUGGAAACAACUUGCUUUUCAUGCCCAGCGCCGGGCCAGGUUAUGUAGACACUGCGGUUCGGCCGUGGAACAACCACAACACGCGUAACCGGGUCAGCGGACGCUAUUACGAGACCUCGUUGCAGGCCGCGCUGUCUGUGAGACCGGAUAUCAUCACCAUCACCUCCUUUAACGAGUGGCACGAAGGGACGCAGAUCGAGAGAGCCGUACCUAAGAAGACUGCUACUCGUCUGUAUUUGGACUACAAGCCUCAUGAGCCUGAUCUUUACCUGGAGAUCACCAAGAAGUGGGCUGAACAAUUUAGUAAGGAGAAAGAGCAGUGGUUAUUGUGAUGAAGGAUUUAAAAAUGUUGUUAUGUUUAGCACAAAUCCUAUAAACUGUUCCGUUUUGUAUUCAGCAUGGUUUGAUGAACAAGGUUUAUUGUUC